AAAAUGAUCUUCAAUACAGAUCCCAUCCCGGAUGGGACAGAAAGUUUGGACCAUAUCCUUGGCUGGUGUAAAUGGGCAUAGCUUCACUGACUUCAUACCAGCUCCAUGACUUCCCUUUAUACCAACUGGGCAGCUGGCCCUUUACUCCAAAGAAGCUUUGCCCAAUUUACACCAGCUGGGAAUCUGGCCCUACUGUUGCCAAUGGAGUGACACUGAUUUACACCAACUGAGGAUAUGCUCCACUGAUUCCAGUGGAGCUAUGGCUGAUUUACAUCAGCUGGGGAUGUGGCCCCAUUGACUCCAAUGGAGCUACAGGUCUAGUCCUGACUCAGUGAGGUUGAAUGAUUAGCAGAGUGUGGGAGUGGAAGUCAGGACUUCUAGGACAUAUUCCCAGCUCCUGAGAAGCAAAUAGAUUAGAGCACAGUUGAGAAUGGGAAUCAAGACUCCUGGGUACUAUUUCUGGUUAUGGGAAGGGAGUGGGAUCUAAUGGAUUAGACAGGGGAGUUCUAGGAGUCAGGAUUCCUGGAUUCUAUUGUCAACUCUGGGAUACGGGGGUCUAGUGGUUAGAGCAGAUGGGGCAAGGAAUCAGGACUUCUAGGUCUAUUCCUGACUCUAGCUCUGGCCUCUGUGUAGUCUAAGGUUUCAGAGUAGCAGCCGUGUUAGUCUGUAUCCGCAAAAAGAAAAGGAGUACUUGUGGCACCUUAGAGACUAACAAAUUUAUUUGAGCAUAAGCUUUCGUGAGCUACAGCUCAUUUUGAGCUGUAGCUCACGAAAGCUUAUGCUCAAAUAAAUUUGAGCUGUAGCUCACGAAAGCUUAAAUUAAUAAAUAAUUUAAUAAAUUUGUUAGUCUCUAAGGUGCCACAAGUACUCCUUUUCUUUUGGUGUAGUCUAAGUGGGUAGAACAAAGGCCAUUUGCUCCACUCCUUGGGACAGUAUCAGUGUAUGAUAUUGAGCCUGGCCUGGCAAAAUAACUCUGUUGUUCUGCAUUGUAUCAAACCUGGAUCCAUAGCUCUUGGUUUAAUGGGAAAAAAGAGAGAGGAUGCAUUUGGGGCCCAAGUUCAAUAAAUUAUAAAGCACUCAGGGGACAGUUCAUCCACUCUGCUCUCUGGGCGGGAUGACCAUGUCUUAUCCUAUAUCAUUCUGUAUAUAGAUGGUUCCCUAUGCUGUGGAAUGAAAUGAGCUGAGAUCAUUCCAUUUUAAGCACCAGGCAGUUCUAUAUUAAAACAACACUGAGAGGAAGGAGGAUUCCUAACCUGGCCAAACUCACCUAUCCCCUGUUAUUUCAUGAAGCAUUUUCAUUGGAAUAUUAUUUCAAAUUUCAGUGCUUCAAAUAAACAUUCCAAAGGCCUUUCUGUUUGGAUUGCAGAGUUAUUCAGGGAGGGACUGUCACCUAAUGGUUAGAGUAGGCAGAGCUGGGAGUCAGGAUUUCUGGGGUCUUCUUCCAACUUUGGAAAGGGAGUAGGAUCUAGUAGUUGGACUGGGGGGCUGAAAGUCUGGAUUUUGGGGUUCUACCCCAAGCUCUAGGAGGGAGAGUGUGGUCUUAGUGUUUAUGGCAGGAAAGCCUGGGCCGGGGAAUCAAGACGCCUGGGUUCUGUUCCCUGCUCUGGGAGGGAAUGUGGUCUAAAUAAUCAAGCAGGGGACUGCAACUAGGAAUCAGACUCCUGUGUUCUACUGCCAGAGGCCAAUGUGGUCUAGUAACGCCCUGGGAGCUCUGGAGUUCUGUUCCCAGUUUGGUUAGUGUUUCACUUGCCUUCUCUGGGCCUAAAAUUCUCCCCCUAUAAAAUAGAGCUUUGAAAGCCUUACAAAAAAGGGAUUAUUAUAAAAGUGCUACAAAUUAUUACACUAAUGCUAUUUUUUACCUCUAGAACAGACCCCUUGUAAGUAUAUGAACCAGGUAUUUGAAAAAAAUAAACACAUAAUUUACCUGGGCCACAACUAGAGUGCUCUGAGAUCUGGUCUAUAGGUUAUUUGUGUUACAGUAGCGCCUAGAUCAGAGCCUCAUGAUGUGUGCAUUAUUAACCCUACAGUAGUGCCCAGAAGCCCUAACUGAGAUCCGGGGGCUAUUAUGGUGAAUGUGCAUUAUUAUUAGCAUUACGGUAGCAUCUAUAGGCCUCAGUCAAGAUUGGGGUCUGAUUAUGGUGUGUGCAUUAUUAGUAGUAUUACUGUAGUGCUUAGAGAGCCCAGCCCAGAUGAGGCCCUCAUUAUGGUGUGUGCAUUAUUAUUAGCAUUAGGGUAGUAUGCAAAAGCCCUAACUGAGAUCAUGGCCCAUUAUAGUGUGUGCAUUAUUAGUAGUACUACGGUAGGAUGUAGAGGGCUGUGCACUAGAGCAGGGCCGCAUUAUGGUGUGUGAAUUAGUAGUGGUACUACAGUAGUAUUGAGAGGCCCCACACGAGACCAUUGUACUGGGUGCUGUGCAGCCAUUUCCUGCCCCAAUCAGUUUACAGUCUGAAUAGAGAAGACAAAAGGGGAACCAGAGGCAAAUGACUUACACAAGGCCGCACAGCAGAUCAGUGUCAGUCAGCAGAUGCAGGAACAGAACCCAGGUCCUCCUGACUUGUGCUCUACCCUCCAGCCUACACUGCUGCACAAACAGAUAACUGUUCAUCACAUGGUCCCUUCAACCACAAUCACUUGCAAAGAUACUAGUGAGGCUAAUGCAGUCUAUGCUGUAUGACUAAUCACACUCAUACUGGCAACUACAUACAUAAACCAACUGUCAACUCUAAACAGCCAAGCACAUUCUAAGACAGCCGGCAACUCUGAGCAUCAUAUCCAGCAGAGGGAGUGGUGGAGAUGCCUUUAUUAAGAGUUCGUGAAUUUAACCCUCGCAAACUACGCCAUAAUCACCAAGCACUGGGAGAGAUUUGCCAGUUCAAAGCAAGUGCUCAGGACAAGAGCCCAGAAACACAGAGGUAGAUCUAAGUUCCCAGUUCUGGUGCUUCUCAGAAGAGUUGAAUCGAGUUAGGACGCAACCCACGUGGCCUCCAAAAUGUGACAUCUUAGAUGUGUCAGUGCCCCACUACCGUUGUAACAUCAUUGGACUGGAGAAGGGACAUGAAGUUUCAAAGAAACAAUCUUGAUAGCAAGGAGGCGUCCUCAGACUGAAGACCCCUGCUCAUCUUUCCUCUCCUGGCCAAAGGGGCUUUACAGUGGAGCGGUGGGAACCCAAUGUCAUCCCAAUACGCUAUUCUGGGAGAGGUGAGACCCCACCCCAGCACCAUGAACCUUUCUAAUGUCCCACCAGCCCUCAAUGGCUCCCAGGGUGGCCCCUCGCCUACCCUGUAUGGGGGCCAUUCUUUGUGGCAGGUGGUGUUGAUUGUGCUGAUGACUGGGAUCCUCUCACUGGUCACACUGGUGGGCAACCUGCUUGUGAUGGUCUCCUUCAAAGUCAACAGCGAAUUGAAGACAGUCAACAACUACUUCCUACUCAGCCUGGCCUGUGCUGACCUCAUCAUUGGAGCAGUGUCUAUGAACCUCUACACCACCUACAUCAUCAUGGGGCACUGGGCCCUUGGCAACGUGGCCUGCGACCUCUGGCUGGCCCUUGACUAUGUAGCCAGCAAUGCUUCAGUCAUGAACCUCCUGAUCAUCAGCUUUGACCGCUACUUCUCCAUCACACGGCCCUUGACCUACCGGGCCAAGAGGACGCCAAAGAGGGCAGCCAUCAUGAUUGGCUUAGCUUGGGCCAUCUCCUUCAUCCUUUGGGCACCUGCCAUCUUGUUCUGGCAGUACUUUGUUGGGGAGCGGACAGUGCCCUCAGGAAACUGCCAUCUCCAGUUCCUCUCUCAGCCUAUCAUUACUUUUGGCACGGCCAUUGCAGCCUUCUACCUGCCGGUCACCAUCAUGAUCAUUCUCUACUGGAGGAUCUACCGGGAGACUGAGAACAGGGCCAGGGAACUGGCUUGCCUGCAAGGCUCAGAGAGCAAAAGCAUUGUCAGGCCAAUCCCCAACAACAGGCCUAAAGGAGGUGGUGAAGGCAGCAACAGCAACUCAGAGCGGUUGGAACCCAUCAAGGUUUCUUCUGCUGUGGCAAAAACCCACACAAAGGCCUACUGCUUUCCCAGUUGGAGGAAGGCCAGGCUAUAUGUGGAGCAGAGCAGCAACGGGAGCUGGAUCAAUACAGAGGAGGAGGAAGAGGAGGACGGCUCCCCUGAUUCCUUGACAUCGUCUGAGGGAGAGGAGCAGCCCUUUGAGGUUCAGAGUGUCUGCUCGGUGGUGAUCCGGCUGCCUAUGAUUGGCAGUGUAACGCAGCCCCCGCUGCCAACAGAGAAGCCAACCCGGGGCCGGGAGAAGCUGGCUGGAGGGCCAUGGGCAGGAGGGAAUGGCGUGUGCAGGAUCCUAGCCCAGUCUCCUGCUGCCACUGAGUCCCCCAACAUGGCCAAGAAGCCGUCAAACAAAAAGAUAUCACCAAUUAAGGAGAAGGGGGUGUUGACUGCCAAAAGCCAUCUGCGGAAGAGGAGCAAACAGCUCUCCCAGCAGAAGACCCUCUCCCUGAUCAAAGAGAAGAAAGCAGCCCGAACACUGAGUGCCAUCCUGCUGGCCUUCAUCCUCACAUGGACACCCUAUAACAUCAUGGUGCUGGUGUCCACCUUCUGCCAGGACUGUGUUCCUAAGAGCCUCUGGAAACUGGGCUACUGGCUUUGCUAUGUCAACAGCACUGUCAAUCCCAUGUGCUAUGCCCUGUGCAAUAAGUCUUUUCGCAAUACAUUUAAGAUGCUGCUGCUGUGCCGCUGGGACAAGAGGAGGUGGAAGAAGAUGCCCAAGCACGUGGUGGCCUUCCACAGGGCUCCAGCACACUGAGCAGGCGUGGGGUGAAUUCCAGAAUGAUUAAAUCCCUGGGCUGGGAUGAAGACUGUCAGGCAAACUGCACUGCAGCAGAAGAAUGGGACCUGGCUGCGAUGCCAGAGGGAGAAUUCCUCCGAGACAGUCAUGAACCCAGCCUUUGGGGUCUGGGUGAGGAUACAGCUGGCAGGUUCCGGAACACCAUGCCACCGUUUAUUAUUGUAAUCUUGAACUCAUUGUCAGAUAGUGGCCUUCCUUAAAACCUUGAUGAAUGUGGAUGUAUCAAAAGGAAAACAAAUGGACAAAGCUGGUGCAUUUAAUGCUCUGUGCUUGAGAGAAACUGAUUUAAAACCUGGUUUAAAAUCUAAGCCACAGGGCCACUGAAACCAGCAAUUCAUGGUUGUGACAUGACCUCUUGGGAUUUUCAGCUCUUUCCAGUCUUGAUGCUUUGACUAAGAGGACACUUGACAUUCCAUCCAUUCAGCCACAGAGACAAGCACAGUCUAGCCAUCCUACUGCUUAGACCAGGAAAAUGGGAGUCAGAACUCCUGACUCUUCAUGAGUAUGUCUAGUGGUUAGAGUCAGAGACUGGGCUGGGAGGAGAGAGGGUGUCUAGCGCUUAGAGCAAGGACGGGGGAAGACUCCUGCAUUCCAGCCCCAGUUCUGGGAGGUCAGUGGCGUUUAGUGAUUAGGGCAGAGGAGAAUGGUAGACAAGACUCCUGAGUUCUUCUGUUUCCCGGCUCAGAGUCAGAAACUGGGAAUCUGAUCUGUAGGGUGGGGAGGUCUAAUGGGUUAGAGCAGGGUGGCAGUGGGAGCCAGGACUCCUGGAUUCUAUUUCCAGCUCUGGGAGGGGCACGGUGUCUAGUUCUGCAGAAAAGGAUCUGGGGAUUACAGCGGAUGAGAAGCUGGAUAUGAGCAGUGUGCCCUUGUUGCCAAGAAGGCAAAUAGCAUAUUAGGAUGUAUUAGUAGGAGCACUGCCAACAGAUUGAGGGAAGUGAUUAUUCCCCUCUAUUCAGGACUGGUGAGGCCACACAUGAAGUACUGUGUCCAGUUUGGGUCCCCACACUACAGAAGGGAUGUGGACAAAUUAGAGAGAGUCCAGUGGAGGGCAACGAAAAUGAUUAGAGGGCUAGGGCACAUGACUUACAAGGAGACGCUGAGGGAACUGGGGUUAUUUAGUCUGCAGAAGAUAAGACUGAGGGGGGAUUUGAUAGGAGCCUUCAACUACCUUAAGGGGGGUUCCAAAGAGGAUGGAGCUUGGCUGUUCUUGGUGGUGGCAGAUGACAGAACAAGAAGCAAUGGUCUCAAGUUGCAGUGGGGGAGGUCUAGGUUGGAUAUUAGGAAACACUAUUUCACUAGGAGGGUGGUGAAGCACUAGAAAUGGGUUACCUAGGGAAGUGGUAGAAUCUCCAUCUUUAGAGGUUUUUAAGGCCCGGCUUGACAAAGCCGUGACUGGGAUGAUUUAGUUGGGGUUGGUCCUGCUUUGAGCAGGGGAUUAGACUAAAUGACCUCCUGAGGUCUCUUCCAACCCUAAUAUUCUAUGAUUCUUGUGACUAAAGGUGGGGGUGUCUGGGCUCUGGAGUUCCAUUCUCAGAGCUUGUGACCUUGGGCAAUCAUGGGUGGUGAAGCUUCAUUGGUUGAGUUUUAGAAAACACUUUGUAAUCUGGUGCUAGUGAGGUGCCGAGUAUCACUGCAUUGCACUGAGAAAGAUGAAAACUGAAGGUGACAUGGGGAAAGAUGACAUCUGGAGUAGGGAAAGACAGUAAGGACAGUUGCACCUCCAUCCUUCCCAUCAGGGUCUUAAAGUGACCCAUUCAACCACAUGGACACAGGAUAUUAUUAAUAACCCACUCUGUUACUGUCCUGCUCAAGAGGAUUAGUGUAGAGAAAUUCUUCCCUAGUCCCUGCUCAAGCAUCUCUCUAAGGGGGUUAUAUAGGCCCCAUUAUCAUAAUACCUGGGCACCUCACAAUAUUUUAAUUAGGGUUGUCAAGUGAUUUAAAAAAUUAAUCGUGAUUAAUCAUACGGUUAAAUGAUAGAACACUAUUUAAAUAUUUUUGGAUGUUUCC